AUGAAGAACAAAACAGUUCCAAAAGAAGAAACUAUUGCUAACGAGGUUAUUCCAAAUGAUGAACCAGAGGAGAAAAUUCCAACUACAUCUUCGACGUUGCCUUCUGCAGAAAGGGAGCAUGGAGCUGGAGACAUAAGUGAGGAGGUAGAAUAUGUAAAAACAAAGGAAUACGUAACCAUAAAUCUAGAUGUCGUUACGGGAGCUGAAAUAACUGGUAAGCAGACUCAUGAGACUAAUGAACUGGAGGAGAUUACGAGCUCUCCAUUGGUUUCCCUGGAGAAGGAAGAAGAUGUAAGCUCUGUUGAGAAGAUAGAAGAGGAGAAAUUGAGUGAUGCUGAAAUUCCAGAGAAGAUUUCAGAAAAAAAAAUUGAUGAAAAGAAGUCAGCAGAGACAUUUUUUGAAAAUGAAGCAAUUAAGGAGCUUAAUGAUGCUAAGAAUAACACUCAGGCUCUCCAAAUGGAGGAAUCAAAUGAACAAUUUUUUACUUCAGAAUUGCCUGUUGAGAACCUAAAGCAUAGAACUGAGGCCAAUACUGAAGAAGAGGUGAAGGAAGUGGAAAUUCUUGAAAAGGAAGGACCUCAGGAGUCUGAAGCUGUUAUCAAUCAAGAAACCAUUGUUGCUCGGGCAAUAACUGAGGAAGCUAGAAAAAAAGGAAAGAAGCAUGAAGAAUCGGAGCAUGAAACGAAGGAGAAAGAAGAUGAGCAAACAAGCGAAGGGGAAAUCAUAAAGUAUGAGAUAGAAGAAUAUGCUUCAGAUGCAAAGACAACAGUGGAGAUAUGCUCACAGAAGGGCAGCUCUGUCGAGGUAGAAGCUGUUGCAGAAGAUGAAAUGACUGCUGAUAGUGGAAAUCACAAAGCUGAGAAGAUAGAAAGCAAGAAAAUAAAGGAAGCAGAAUUCUUGCGAGAUGAUAGUGGAGAAGAUGCAACCUUGCAAAAGGAACUGCUUCAGGGUGAUGAAACUCUUGUGCUAGAAAAUAAUGCUUCUUCACAGACUAUCCCAAAAGAGAAACCUGAGGAGAAAAUACGAAAUCUGGUUGUCACAUUGCCAUCAGAGGACCAUGAGCAAGAAACCAUUAAUGAAGUUGACAAAACUGAAGAAGAGAAAAGAAUAAAAGAGCUAAGCACGGAACAAGAUCAGACAGAGGAGGCUGUAGCAGUGUUGAAAGAAGAUGAGAGUCUCGUGAAGAUACGAGAACAAACAGGAGAGAUUGAAGAAUCCUCAGAUAUCAACAUGGAGAUACAUGAAAAGGCUCUCAACAGUGAAUUACUCCAUGAAACAGAAGAUGCUGCAAUCAAAGAGAACCUAGGCAAAGCAAUUGCUGGAUCAGGUGGUGAAGCAAAUCAGUUUGAGAAAAUAAAUGAAGGAAAUGAAAUCAUACCGAAUGAAGUUUCAAAAGAACAGGUUGCAUCUCAUUCAACUUACCAAUUGGAAGAGCCAACCAAAGAAGGAGAAGAUGCACUUAAGGAUAAACUUAUUGAAGAAAAAACGUAUGAAGAGCUAAAUGUGGAAGCUCAAAAGACAAGUGAGAACGAGAUAACUGAAAAGCAGAUCGAAGAUGGAGCUGUUAAGAAUCCAGGCCAAGAAUCGGUUGUCAGGGCUGAAACCACAACAGUAACAGAAGAUCACAUUGAGAACAAGGGGAUAACAAGUUCAGUUGUCGAGGAACAUGUUCUGAUAGAUUUACAUGAAAGAGUUGUGGAAUGCUCACAAAAAGCUGAAGUCAGAGACGUCAAAGAGAUUUAUCCGGAAGUAGUUGAACAUGGUGUAGGAAAAACAGUAAAUAAACCGGUGGAAGAUUCAACUACGGUAUCCUCAUGUGAUGAUGUUGAAAGCUUCAAGGAGACGGCAGACGAGAUAAUGAGCAAAGUGGAAAUCGUAAAAGACAAGACUGUAGAAGAUGCAUCAGAUACAAGGACAACAGUAGAGAUAUGCUCACAAAUAGAGACCUCUGUUAAACUAGAAGCUGCCACAGAAGAUGAAAAGACUUCGGGUCAGACUCUCACCGCAAAGAAAUCAGAAGGGCAAAUGCAGAAUCCAACCUCUGCACCGCAUUCAAAGGAAGAGCAAUGUGUAAGAGCAAGUAUAGCUGAGGAGAUCGAAAGUGAGAAAAUGGAGCAAGUAAAAUUUUUACAAGAUGAUAAUGAAGAUGUGACCUUGCAAAAGAAACAGCUACAGGGAGAUGAAGCUCUUGCAGUAGAAAAUAACGCUUCUUUACAGACUAUCCCAACAGAGAAAUCCGAGGAACAAAUUCCAAAUCCCGUAGUCACAUUGUCAUCAGAGAAGCGUAAAAACGAAACCGUCAAUGAAGUUGACAAACCUGAAGAAGAGCAUAUGAAGAAAGAAGAAAUGAAAAGCAGAGACUUCGAUGGAGAAAAGACAGUAGAAGAGUUAAGCACAGAAAAGGAUGAGACAAAGGGGGCUGCAGCCAUGUCAGAAGGUGAAAUUAGUCGCCUUCGUAUUACAACCUCUGCAUUGCCUUCUGAUGUCCAAGGGGAUGAAACAAAUAAAACAGAAUCGAAUGAAAAUGAGAGUCCAAAGAAAAUUCCAGAACAAACAGGAAGACCGAGGAAGCCUCGAAUUUCAACGCAGAGAUACAUGAAAGACUUCUGACAAUGAAACAGAUGAUGCUGCAAUCAAAGAGAAUAUUGUCAAAGCAAUUGAUGCAUCAAGAGGAGAGGAAAAUCUGCAAGAGAAAACAAAUGAAGGAAAUGAGAUCAUGCUGAAUGAAGUUUCAAAAGGAGAGAUCGUAUCUUAUUCGGCUUCCCAUUCAGAAGAGCUAACAAAAUAUGCCUCCCAAGAAUGCAGUUAAGGAUGAACGAAUUGAAGACAAGACAAAUGAAGAGGUCA